AUGGAUUUGGUUGAUGACUUGUUUGAUGAUUCUAUUAAGCAAGAUGUUCUGAUUCCCGAUUUAUUUAGAUUGGUUUAUGUUAAUCCUAGUACGAAUAAAAGAGUAGAAUUGUUGAAUGAUGUUGGUUUGAUGGGCAUGUGGGGUUUAUUUAAGCGCACAGAUACUGUGGAAAUAUGGAUAGAGAAGGCAAAUGAGAAGGAAACUUCAAUCCAAGUUAGGACUGCAGUUAAGAAAAGGAAGGAUAGGAAGGAAAGGAAGGCUGCAGAACUUAGAAGGAAAGCUGAGGAGUUUGAGAGGGAGAGGGAAGAGGAAAGGAGAAGGUUAGAAAGGGAGGCUGAGAUUCAAAGGGAUUUGGAGGAGCAAUUGGCAAACACAGUGGCAGUUGAGGUGCCUGUGUAUGAUGUUGAGGAUUUAAGUGUAGAGUACGUACGUGUUUACAGCUCACAACAUGCUGACUGCUUUUUCCCGGGAGGGGGGGGAAGGCCUGCUGGUUCAAGGGUGAGGAAACCCACUGCAUACAAUGUGGAGGAAGAGGAGCAAUGGGAUGAUGAGAGUGAUGAUGAAAAUUUUGAGGAGAUUGAGAGUGAUAGUGAAACUGGUUUCAACUCCGACGAUUUCAUUGACGAAGAAAUUGAAGAAGAUGAAGAACAAGAUGUUCUUAAGGAGGUAAUUUCUGAGAGAAGUUUUGAGGAUCAUUUAGAUGGGAGUAAUAAGCUGGAUAAUUUGUAUGCAAAUGGGAAAGUUGUGGGAAGCAUGCCAUGGGGGACUAUCAAGUUGCAACCAUGGAUGAUAUUCCAAAGCAAGACACACUUCAUGGAGGUCUUCAGAGACUUCUGUAUUCAAGAGGGAUUUGCUGUGAGUGUUGAAAAGGCUGAUACAACCAGAUUCACUGCAAUGUGUCUGGUUGAGUCAUGCAAUUGGAGGAUCCAUGCCUGUGUGUUGUUGGAUGGGGUCAGUUGGGCCAUUAAAACUCUUGUCAGUGAGCACAAGUCUUGUGGGAGACUUGAGGAGAAUCCCAUGGUGACAUCUCAGUGGCUAUGCACCAAACUACUUCCUGACAUUGAAGCAAAUCCAGAAAUCCCAAUUAAGACACUUCAAAGAAAGGCAUUGGGGAUUUAUAGGGUACAAGUGAAACAGAGGUUGAUGUACAAGGUGAGAAGCCUUGGGAGGCAGCAAAUUUAUGGAGGUUUUGAUGAGUCAUAUGCCCUUUUACCAUCCUAUGCUGAAAUGAUCAAAUCUACCAAUCCUGGGAGUUAUGCCUUGGUCACUUGGACUGUAGAUUCUGGUAACGUGACACCCCGUUUCAAGGCUUGCUUUUUCUCCUUUGCUGCACAAGUUAGGGGUUUCUUAAGAGGUUGUAGGCCUAUCAUAGGCAUUGAUGGUGCACAUUUGAGUGGAUACUAUAAGGGAAUUCUCCUCACUGCAGUUGCUAUCGAUGGGAAUAAUGAGAUUUUUCCAUUAGCCUAUAGCAUUGUGAGUACGGAGAGUAUGGACACAUGGUCCUAUUUUUUCAGAAGUUUGAAGGCUAUGUUUGUUCAACAUGGGUGCCAGAGGGAUGACUGGACUUUUAUUAGUGACAGAAUGAGGGGAGUAGAAUCUGCUUUGUAUGAUGUUUUCCCCAAAGAAGUCAGGAGGGUCUGUGCUCAGCAUCUGUAUACCAACUGCAGACAAGCUGGAUACAGUGGCACAGCCUUCCAUGACUUGUUCUGGGUUGCUGCUGAUGCAUACAAUCCAUAUGUCUUCAACAAAGCCAUGGAAAAGAUUGGCAAACUCAUCCCAGAAGCAGUGGGAUAUCUUGACAAAGUGCCUGAACAGUGGUCCAGACACAAGUUUGAUGUUGGGGUCACUUGUGAUCACAACACCACCAACUUUGUGGAAUCCUUCAACGCGUGUACCAAACCCUUUAGGGAUCUUCCUGUUUUGCCACUUCUUGAAGAAAUAAGGUCUUGGUGCAUGACGAAGAUCGGGGCCAGAUUUGAUAAAGCUGUUGAUAUUGGACCCGAUCAAUUGACGCCAUAUGCUACUAAGGAGCUUGAAGAGAGGAGUGCUGACUCGAGGCUUGCUGCUAGAGUUUGUGGUUGUGGGAAAUGGCAAGGGUGUGGUAUACCUUGCAAGCAUGCUAUUAGGUGGCCUACAUUUGAGCUAACUAGGAUUCUUCCCCCACUAAUGAGAAGGGCAGCUGGCAGACCAGCCAAGCAGAGAAGAAGAGGUGCUCAUGAGAAGAAGAGGGGGAAAAGAAACACCACUGUCAAGUGUGGGAAAUGCAAGCAAAUUGGGCAUAACUCAAGAACCUGUAAAGGAGGUUCCACUGCAAAACAGAGGAAAGAAUCUGCUGCAGCUGCUGCUGGUUCUGCUGGUGCAUCAACAUCUGGUGCUAGGAAGAGGAAGGCUCCAACAUCUAAUGCAUCGAGCAGCAAGAAGUCCAAAGCUGCAUAA